AUGCAGAUUUGGGAAAUCAUUUGUCCGAGUCGACCCACAUACGCUCAACUCCUAUCAAACAGAGCGAGGUGGAUUCUGCAGAAUCAAAAACUUUCCCGAGCUGAGCUGGAAAACAUAAAGUCCAGCUGUUACCCUGACGUGUCAGCUGAAACACAAAGCUCUAGUAAACAAGAACAAGAGUCACGGAGAUCAUCUCCUAGAAUACGAAGAAGUGGACUCUUCACCAGAGCGGAGAGCGAAGAUACGAUCGAGAAACGCUUUCUGGGCAACCUGAUGAAGUUCUCGGGAAUUGCACCUGAAACACGCCCGAAGCUUCCCCGCAUGAAACACUCCAAAGAAUUUUUCGCCACUGUAAAGCAUUUGAACUCUAUACUUCCUAAACACCUGGAGAAUGUCGACACACUAGAACCGAUUGUUGACAUUGUAUAUGCUGGAGCUGUCACAGCAUGUGAGAUUCAUGGCAGAGAAGUAGGACAGAACAGUACACUAAGACCUGAUACUGCACCUCCCUGGAAACUGCGCCUGGAAAGGAAGAUAAACGUCAUGAGGAAAAAAAUCGGAAACUUACAUACUUACAUUAACACGAAUAAUCCAUCGAUGAAAGUGACUAAAGCUGUCAGAAGGAUAGCGUCUGAGUUCCGUGUUAGACGCAGAGAUCCGUCAUUCGUGGACAAAAUUCUCUUGAUAUCGUACACUCUAAAACAAAAAAUUAGAGCAUUAGGAAACAGGAUCAGACGCUAUAAUGAUAGAGCAAAGCGCUACAAAAACAACAGGCUAUUUCUUUCGAACCAGAAGCAGUUUUUUCGGGAUCUUGAGGGUGGCAAGAAUGAUGGGACGAUCCAAGUUGAACCUGCAGAAGCUCACAAAUACUGGUCUGAAAUUUGGUCGGAGAGUGCAAACCACGACGAUGGGGCGUAUUGGAUCGGCGAGGCCGAAGCACAGAUCCCCAAUGUUCAAAUGAGCGACAUCCAAAUCAGCGAGAUGGACAUAAGGGAGGCUCUGAAAGGUUCGAACAACUGGUCAUCACCUGGACCCGACAAAAUUCAAAAUUAUUGGUGGAAACACUUCACCGGUAUACAUAAAGCGCUCUCUAUGGCACUCCAAAAGUCAAUAGCCGACCCAACAACAAUUCCUGACUUUUGCACCUUGGGAGUGACACAUCUUCAGCCCAAAGACGGUGACCUCCAAAAUCCUAAGAACUACCGGCUGAUCACCUGCCUGUCCACAGUUUAUAAAGUCCUCACCGCAGUACUCACCCGAUACAUCAGUCAGCACCUCAGAAACAACAACCUAAUGGCUAGAGAACAGAAAGGCGGCCGCAUAAGAACUAAAGGCUGCAAAGAACUCCUGGUGAUUGACCAAAUAGUUACCAAGCAGGCCCGAAGAAAAUUGAGGCACAUAUCUAUGGCAUGGGUGGACUAUCGGAAGGCCUUUGACUCGGUCCCGCACACAUGGCUGCUAAGAGUACUAAAAAUGCACGGGAUCGACGAGAAGGUAACGAAUCUUCUUGGGCAUCUGAUGAGAGGGUGGAGGACCCAACUGGCCGUGAGAAUGGAGGAUCGUACAGCUAAGUCGGAGGUGAUCAAAAUCAACCGGGGCAUAUUCCAGGGCGACACCUUGAGUCCAAUAUGGUUCUGCAUGGCGCUGAACCCUCUGAGUAUGUUACUAAAUAAUACCAACUAUAGCUAUACCAUCAGCAAGCAGAGCAACAUCCGCAUAAACCACCAAUUAUAUAUGGACGAUUUGAAGCUCUAUGCUGCUAAUGCAGAUCAACUAAGAAGAAUGCUGGAAAUAGUCUCAUCAUUCAGUGAUUCCAUAAACAUGCAACUGGGAGUAGAAAAGUGCGCAACUCUAGAAGUUAAAAGGGGAAAGAUACAGGAGCCAAAGCAGAAAACAACGCUCAUGAACCAGAUCAAGAUUCCCAGCCUGAACAAAGACGACGCCUACAAGUACCUGGGCAUACAUCAGGCAUUGGACAUCCAAACCGCUGAGAUGAAGGAGCUCUUCAAACAAAAACUAUAUAAGAGAAUAAGCCUCCUUCUUAAAUCUCAACUCAACUCAAGAUCAUUGUUCACGGCAAUUAACAUCUGGGCAUUGCCGAGCAUGACCUAG